AUGAGCUCCCUGAGCUUGCGGAGCCUUGCUCCUGCAUCCAAGAUCUCUCGUGCUCUGAGAAAUCAGAGACGUCUUUUUUCAUCCACACGGCCCGCAGCUCGGAUAAUCGCAAACCAGCCGCUUCGCGCAAAGGAGGCCACUGGAUACAUCUCGCAAAAGUACCCGGUUAUUGACCAUGAGUACGAUGCUGUCGUCGUUGGCGCCGGAGGUGCUGGUUUGCGCGCGGCCUUUGGCCUGGCGGAAGCUGGUUUCAACACCGCCUGUGUGACCAAGCUCUUCCCCACGAGAAGUCACACUGUCGCAGCCCAGGGUGGUAUCAACGCCGCUCUUGGAAACAUGCACGAGGACGACUGGAGAUGGCACAUGUACGAUACAGUGAAGGGCUCUGACUGGCUCGGUGACCAGGAUGCUAUCCACUACAUGACGAGAGAGGCACCAGCCAGUGUGCGUGAACUGGAGGGCUACGGCUGCCCCUUCUCUCGAACCGAGGAUGGACGCAUUUACCAGCGUGCUUUCGGUGGUCAGUCUCAGAAAUACGGCAAGGGUGGCCAGGCCUACCGAUGCUGUGCUGUUGCCGACCGAACUGGCCAUGCUCUUCUCCACACCCUUUAUGGCCAGUCUCUUCGUCACAACACCAACUACUUCAUCGAGUACUUCGCGCUGGAUCUUCUGAUGGAAGAUGGUGAGUGCCGAGGUAUCAUCGCCUACAACCAGGAGGAUGGUACUCUGCACCGCUUCAAGGCUCACCACACUGUCCUGGCUACUGGUGGAUAUGGACGAGCUUACUUCAGCUGCACAUCUGCGCACACCUGCACCGGUGACGGUAUGGCAAUGGUUGCCCGUGCCGGUCUUCCCAACCAGGAUCUCGAGUUCGUCCAGUUCCACCCCACUGGUAUCUACGGUGCCGGAUGUCUGAUCACCGAGGGAUCUCGUGGUGAGGGUGGUUAUCUGCUGAACUCGGAGGGUGAGCGUUUCAUGGAGCGAUACGCGCCCACUGCGAAGGACCUUGCUUCUCGUGACGUCGUCUCCCGAGCCAUGACUAUGGAGAUUCGUGAGGGUCGUGGUGUCGGCCCCGAGAAGGACCACAUCUAUCUCCAGCUCAGCCAUCUGCCGGCCUCGCUGCUGCGUGAGCGUCUGCCUGGUAUCUCGGAGACUGCCGCGAUUUUCGCUGGUGUCGAUGUCACCAAGGAGCCCAUCCCUGUCCUGCCCACCGUUCACUACAACAUGGGUGGUAUCCCUACCCGCUACACGGGUGAGGUGUUGACUCUUGACGAGAACGGCAACGACAAGGUCGUUCCUGGUCUGUAUGCUUGCGGUGAGGCUGCUUGUGUGUCCGUCCACGGCGCCAACCGUCUGGGAGCCAACUCGUUGCUUGACCUUGUUGUUUUCGGCCGUGCUGUCUCCCACCGUGUCCGUGAUACCUCGUCCCCUGGAAAGCCUCACAAGGAACUCAGCCCCGACGCUGGCGCGCAGUCGAUCAAGGACCUCGACUUUGUCCGCACGGCCGAUGGUCCCAAGUCGACGUUUGAGAUUCGUAACGCGAUGCAGAAGGCGAUGCAGACAGACGUCAGCGUCUUCCGGACGCAGGAGAGCUUGGACGAGGGUGUGAGAAAGAUCAAGGAGAUUGACGCCAUGUUCAAGCAAGUUGGUACCAAGGACCGCAGCAUGAUCUGGAACUCUGACCUCGUCGAAACCCUUGAGCUGAGGAACCUGCUGACCUGCGCUACGCAAACCGCACAUGCUGCCGCUAACCGCAAGGAGUCUCGUGGUGCCCAUGCCCGUGAGGACUACCCUGAACGUGAUGACGAGAACUGGAUGAAGCACACCUUGACUUGGCAGAAGCAGCCUCACGGCCCGGUUGAAAUCGGCUACCGUGCCGUGCAGUCCAAGACGUUGGACGAGAAUGAAUGCAAGUCUGUGCCACCAUUCAAGCGUGUGUACUAG